AUGAAGCUGGACCAGUAUGGACGAAGUCACCUGGAGAGUCUGGUGUGUGCAGCCCUGUCCGGUCUGGUGCUGGUUUUACUGGGUCUGCUGGGCUCGGUCCACGGCUGUCCCGGUGUCUGCACCUGCUACGGGAACACCACAGACUGCUCCGCUGCCGGCCUUCUCUCUCUGACGCCGAUCCUCGGGCUGCUGGACCCGGACUCUCUGAUCCUCCGCCUGCCCCACAACAACCUCUCCUCCCUGGGCAUGACCGAGCUGUCCAACCUCAGCAGCCUGGAGCUCCUGGAUCUCUCCCAGAACCACUUCUCCACGCUGCAGCCCGGCGCGUUCUCGGGCCUGAGCGGCCUGCGCUGGCUCAACCUCUCUGCUAACUACUUCGGGGUUCGCCCGGUGACCUCCGACCCCGACGCGGACGUCCUCCAGGGUUUGAAUGGAAGUCAAGGGAGUGCCGGCCUGAGCAAGGACGCGUUCAGGGGGCUGUGGCGGCUGCGAGGGCUCGACCUGUCCGCCAACGGCCUCCUGUGGCUUCCCAGAGGCCUGCUGGACGGGCUUCAGAGACUCGCCUGGCUGUCCUUGGCCAGCAACCGGCUGGUGGCUCUGGACCGAGUCACCUUCGAGCCCCUGGUGGGGCUGCAGCAGCUCCAGCUGGCGGGGAACCCGUGGGAGUGCGACUGCAAGCUGAGAGACUUCAAGCACUGGAUGGAGUGGUUGAUUUACAGGGAUGGGCAGGUGGACGCGAUGCAGUGCAGUCUCCCGGUGGAUUUGAAGGGCAGGGACAUCCGCAGCGUGCCAGCAGAGAUGUUCAGCUACUGCCUGCAGAAUCCUACCAAAGAGGGCGCCCCGGGUUACGCCACGCGGCCUCCCUGCCCGCCCGGCCGCAUCAGCAGCAACGAUGAAUGCGUCCGCCAGCGCUACCGGCCCGUCAGCGUCCGGCGAGCGCACGGCACGCAGAUAGUCGCGGGCGUGAUUUGCGGCACAGUGUGCGUCAUGAUGGUGGUUGCGGCGACUUACGGCUGCGUCUACGCCUCGCUCAUGGCGCGCUACCAGAGGGAGAUAAAGAACCGCGGCCAGCCUCUCAUGGCCGAGUCCGGAGCCGACACAGACAUGGAGGACGGGCAAAUGUCUUCCAUGACCUCGCCGGAGGAGUCGCCGCCAAAAGAGGCCUGCGGCAUCGUGCACGGGUAUCGAAUCAGCAGCUUCUGA